CGACUCUCUCUGGGUUCCCGCCCUGUCUGUUGUCCCAGCGGCAUGAAGUGAGAUCUGCCAUUUCUGAGUCAGGAAGACAACAACACCGGCGAGUGACUGAGUGAGUGAGUGAGGAGGAGGGGACACAUCCAUUCAUUGAGACGCUGCUCGUGAGACAACGCGUUUAAAUACGAGGAGAAGAAUUAGAGUAAGUGAUAUAAGCAAGUUUCCAGCCAUGGUCCAAGCAAAGACGUGGAUCCUGACCAAGCAUUUCGACGGCUUCCCGAAGGACAGCGACUUCCAGCUGAAGGUGGAGGAGCUUCCCGAGCCCAAAGAUGGAGAGGUGCUUCUGGAGGCCGUGUAUCUCAGCAUCGACCCGUACAUGAGACCGUUCAGCCGGGUUCGCAUGAAAGAGGGUGAUGUGAUGAUUGGAACUCAAGUGGCCAAAGUGCUCCAAAGUAAAAACCCAGCAUUCCCCGUGGGGAACCAUGUUAUCGGGCGCUGCGGCUGGAGAACCCACACGCUCAGUGAUGGCACGGACCUCAUUCCCAUCAUGCCUGACUGGCCACAAGACGUCUCGUUGUCGCUGGCUCUGGGCACCAUCGGCAUGCCAGGACUCACGGCACUGUUUGGCAUCGAGGAGGUGUUGGGACUCCAGAGAGGCGAGACGCUGCUGGUGAAUGCUGCAGCCGGUGCCGUGGGCUCCGUGGUGGGCCAGAUCGCCAAGAUCAAGGGCUGCAAGGUGGUGGGUUCGACUGGCUCUGAUGCAAAGGUGGCCUUCCUCAAAGAGCUGGGCUUCGACGAGGCCUUCAACUACAAGACUGUCGGUUCCCUGGAGGAGGCGCUGAAGAAAGCUGCUCCGGAGGGAUACGACUGCUUGUUUGAAAACGUGGGAGGCUCAUUUUCAAGCGUUGCCUUGCACCAGAUGAAGAACUUUGGAAGAAUCGCUGUGUGUGGGAGUAUUUCUGUGUACAAUGACUCCACGCCUCAGAUGGGUCCAUACCCACAUCUGACCAUGAUCUUUAAGCAGAUAAAGAUGGAGGGCUUCAUGCAGUCUAGGUGGGAGCACAAACACCCAGAAUCCCUCAAGAGACUGAUGGGAUGGUUGAAGGAGGGCAAAAUUAAAAGUCGGGAGCACGUCACAAACGGCUUUGAGAAGAUGCCAGCUGCUUUCAUGGGGUUGCUGCAGGGAGACAACAUCGGAAAGGCCAUCAUCGCAGUCUGAACACGGAGAACAGUAACACAACAGUUACGCAACAAUAACUGUCAAAUACAUACAUACAUGAAGGAUAAGCCAUAGACAGGAACAAGUUAAUAGAGUCUGAUAUUAGAGAAUCAUAUAAAUGUAUCGGCUGAUACAUACAGGAUAUGAACAGAUAGGCUUGAUAUUUUACAGUUUAACCAUAAACUUCAUUCUAAAUAGAAAGAAAACACAAAUAAAACCAAAUGCAUAGAGCUUGAAAGAAGAAAACGAACAUUUUAAUGUUAAAUAUAAACAUAAGUGCACAAUUAUUUGCAUUCUUUAUUCUGUGGAAUAAAACAAAAUUGUAUCUGCAAAUAUAAAUGCAGAUUUAUCUGUCAUGUCAGCUGAACAGGCUCUACUACUAACCACCUAUUUUAAUGUUGAUUUUUUGAAUAUUUUUGUAGUCACCAUCAAAAAACACAUUAGUUAUGUCAAGAAAUGUGAUUUAUAUAUUUUUUUUUCGCAUUAGUUCUUAAUAAGCUUAAAUCUUAGACAAGUAGUCCUCAAGUUUGAUGGGAUAUUAAUUCUUUUUUUUCAUUACUUACUUCACAGCAAUAGCACAAGCAUAGUUUUCACAGCAAACAAUGAUCCCAUAUUUGAGUAUAUGUAAGUACGGAGAGACCAGACAGCUGAUGGAAGGAUGUUAAGUACCUAAAUGCUCUGUGUGGAUCUGCUGCAAAAUAUUCGCCUACUGUGACAUAAUCAACCAUGUGCUUUGUAUUAAAUGAGCAUUUAUUAAGGUAAUAAAACUUUGUUUAAUUCUCUCUUCA